UCAGUCCGGCCAGGAAAACGCAGAAAAUUGUUUCAGGGGAAUAGAUCUAUAUUAUAUUUCUGUUUCUGACCUGUGCUGCUUGGGUCUGCGGUGUCACCAGGAUGAGAAACGUCUGACAGGACGGCAGACCGGGGGAAUACAGGUCCUCCGGGAGAACUCGGGUCUUCAGGGAAGCUGGUCUCCCUCCGCGUACUCUCUUCCUGAGCUUGCACGGUCUCCAGUGGAGGGGCCGUUACUAACAGCUUUCCUGCCUCCCCCCCUCCCUGCACGACCGGUGGGCUGGGGUUUCACGGCGUUGGCAGACCCAGUGGGCACCUGCGGACCUGCCAGCGCGCUGCUGGCUGCCGAGCUCAGCAUGCCCUCCGCGGACGGGGGGGUCCUCUCGGCGUUUGUGGGAAAGAAAGAGGACGUCGUCCGGUCUGGGAGGGCGCUGGCUGUCGUGCACGGCAGGGAAGUGGUGGUUAUCCACCAUGCAGGCGCGUUCUACGCCAUGGACAGGCUGUGCUACCGACGUGGAGGGCAGGCAGUGCAUCGUGUGCCCCUGGCACAAGUACAGGAUCACGCUGGCCGAGGGCGAGGGGCUGUACCAGGCCGUGGACCCCCGGGACCCCCAGCGCAGGGCCAGCUGGGGAUCCAAGGGCCCGAAGCAGAGGACCCACGCGGUGCACGAGGAGAGCGGAGACCUGUUCGUCACUCUGUCAGACCUCAGCCUCAGGAGGGAGUCCGAUUACUACCAGUCGGAGGAAUACCAGCAGGUGAUGAGAAACGCGAAGAAGAACUGACCAGAGACGGAACACAGGCUGGGAGACAAGAGUGCUUUUCUGAGGAACGAUACAGUAGCAGAAACCGAACGCCGGGUACAAGCUGCAUGAAGUGCCUUCGCCUCCGUUCCUCCAGGUGCUUUGUUUUUAACUCCAUUCCUGUGCGUGCAAGUUCACUGUGUCGGUACCUCGGUCUGGACUUCCCAGGAGUCUUGCAGAAUACAGCCGUUUGGCUCUUUUCCCCUCCAUGCUCCUGAUGUGUCCUUUACCGCCAGCCUGACUGCGUCUGUUCUGUUCACACUGUGGUCUUGCCAGCGAAGUAGCCCUGCUGGUCGAGUGGUCACAGGAGAAACUGCUCCAGACCGGCCCUGGGUCUGGAGCCCACGGAUUCCUCAGGUUUUCUUUCACUUCCUUCCUUUAUUGUCCCAGAUGGGAAAUUUGCUUUGCAGGCAGGUAAAGACCUAACAUAAUACACAACAGCUUUAAGGCAACACCAAGCCAUUAACAUGAGAUGUACAUGUACUGUAUAGAAAUAAAGUAAAGUAUACAGCCAGUUCUCCCAGGGGUAAGUAGCUGUGGGAAUAAAGGGUGACUUAGUGCUGUUGCUCUUGAAUCUAGGCGUCUAAGCCAGUGGUCAUGACAGUCAGUGGCUAUGUUGGCCUUCCGCAGUCCUAGUCUGUGUAGAUGUCUGGAUGCUCUAGGUGUGCUCCAGUAAAUUUGCUGGCUUCCUUCACUAUCCCACUCGGUCUGUUAUUGUUGUGUGUCUCCAGGUUACCAAACCAGGCCCUCGCAGGGACUGCUGGGACAGAUUCAAUGAAAGUUCUGUAGAAUAAAGUCCUUCUUUCUCCCCAUCUUCCUGUUACUUGUUUGAAAGAGUUGUUUUCUUUAAAGAAUGAAUUUCCUAUCUU